AUGGAGCAACAAGAAGAGAAGAAGAAGAAGAUAAAAGUCUGCAAAAGAAGAAGAAGAAGAAGAAAACAAUCAAAAUCAGGUUCGUCCCUUCCGCUAGAUCUAACCUCAGAGAUACUCUUAAGGCUGCCUGAGAAAUCUGUUGUGAGGUUUCGUUGCGUGUCCAAGCCAUGGUCAUCAAUCACCACCGAUCCAUAUUUCAUCAGCUUGUUCAAAACUCGGUCCCCACGGCUUCUACUCUGCUUCAAAGCUAAUGACAAGUUGUUCGUUUCCUCCAUUCGGCAGCAUCAUCAGACGUUUGAUACUUGGAACAAGUCUUACUCUUCUUCUCAGCCUAUUGAUCGUUAUCAUAUGGAUUUGAAAUUCCCAAUAAAUUUCAAUUACUUCCUCCCUACGGAAUCUGUCCAGGGUUUGAUCUGCUUUCAAGAAUCAGCAACGCCCAUUGUUUGGAACCCUAGUACGAGACGGUUUUUAACUUUACCCAAAUUAAAUACGGGCUGGAAGGAUAUAACAAUCUUUCUAGGAUACGAUCCAGUGGAAGGUAAACACAAAGUAAUGUGCAUCCCUUUUUCAAAGAGUUGUGAUGACUGUCGGGUGUUUACACUGGGAUCAGCUCAAAAAUCAUGGAGAGCGGUCAAAACUAACUAUUCCCAUCGUUCUAACUAUUAUACUUCUGGCCGAUGCAUCAAGGGUGUUGUAUAUUAUCUAGCCUUUGUUUAUCAUAUGGAUGUUUGGGUUCUAAUGACCUUUGAUGUUAAAUCUGAAAAAUUCGAUAGGAUACAGUUACCAUCAUCUGAUGUUCACAAGGAACUUAUCCCUUAUGAAGGGAGGAUAGGUUGUGUUGAUAGAAAACGAAACAUGAAGAAGGGUAUCAGAUUGUGGAUUUUGGAAGACGCAGAGAAACACAAGUGGUCGAGUAAAGACUUCCUUGCACCUCUUAGUCACUUUGAUAAGAGUUUGGGCUGCUGUUUCCUACUAAAAGGUUUCACUAGUGCUGGUGAGUUCAUUUAUGUAGAACAACUGUUUCGUAAACCGUCUUAUAUUUUAUUUUGUUAUCCGGUGAGAAACAGCUUUAGAAGAUUCGAGCUUAAAGGAAUCACUGACGACCAGUCUGUCCUCAGUAACGUCCAUGGCUAUACGCUCCAUGUUUUCCCCAAUCACGUUGAGAGUCAACUCUCUUUCUAACAAGUUUCUCUGUUUUGUUUUCCUUACGAAUGAUACUUAAUUUAUGCAAGUUUAUGAUUUUGUUCUCUCUU